AUGGAAAAGAGCAUGUCUUUCCCGCAGUACUCGUCGUCUUUCUCCGGCGAAUUCGGGUCGUUCGACGAUCGGCGGUGGCGAGCCGGGGACCACAACAUGACCUACAAUUUCAACGGGCCGAACCAGAGGUUAUCGGCGGCCGACCCGGAGGCGAAGAGGAAGAAGCGGAUCACGGCCUACACCUGUCUUUUUCUUUCUUUGAGUUCACUGACAAGGGAUCAUAUCCCCAGCAAAUGA